GUUUCCUUCACUUUCCUACUCGAGGCCGACGGAGCGUUGCGUCCGCCGCCGCCAUUGUCACUCUCGUCUCCAUCUGCGUCUCCGUCUUCGUCUCCGGCCAGCGAGCCCCUUUUCGCCGGCGACCUAGAAGCGAGAAAUCCCAACAAAUACACAUCCAGAGAACCGGCUCGGCUCUGUCGCCUUCCCCUUUCCUGGGUGUUGGCUUGUUUGGUUGGAUCUAAGCAAAGGCCUAACCGCGGCGAUCUUCCGCCUCCCAUCCCAUGGACGGCGCGAGCGGCAGCGGGGAGCCGACGGCCAACGGGGAGAAGAAGCCCGACGAGCAACACUUCGAUCCCAGCCGAAUGAUAGGAAUAAUCAAAAGGAAGGCCUUGAUUAAAGAACUGGCUGCUGCUUACCAUGCUGAGUGUGUGGCAUGCUGUAAAGAGCUUUUGCAGCUCCAGAAAAAGUGGGAGGAGGAGCAGUAUGUUGAAUUUAAGAUGUCUGAUGAAGCGCCAAGGACGUUGACAGUGAAGUCUUCCAAGCGCAGGAAAAGGUAGCUUUAGAAGGCAUGAAUUUGACAGGAGCUUUAGAUGUUGGAAGUUAACAGAAAGAAGCCCUGUGUAGUUUGAGAUUUUUUUUGGUAGAUAAUCAGCUUAUUCUGGACUCUCAAUUGUUUUUGGAGUGUGUGUGAAAAACAUUGUAGCUAGCUGCUUGCUGGAGGUAUCAACUUGGCCGCUAUAAAUUGGGCAUCUAUCCUCCUUACGUGCUUGUGGAGCACAUUAUUUCUAUUCGAACCGGAUUGUUCCAUAAAUCCAUUGGAAGUUUCAAAUUGGCUCUCUGUUCAUAGGAUCUUAUCCAUCAUCCAUACAUAACGAAUUGGUAUGGUAUAAUGAUAUUAUCAGCUGUGAGAAGUA